GACGUCGAUCACUAACCUCGACGUUUGAUUGGCGCGACCGUUGAAUGGGAGGACUGCGUUGCCCUGCGGCCGCUGGAGCGCAUUCACGGGAGGGCGGAUCGGUGUGGUGACAGCGACACUUGGAGACUCCCGACAAACUGUUCGAAAACAGUCGACUAACGCCAUGGCGGAUUUGGACCUGAGCCUGAGUGAUGCGUUGACAGACAGUGUGCCCCAGUCAGGCCCGGAGAGUCUGGUGGAGAGAGACUUUGUGGCUCAGCUGGAAUCCGAGGCCUUUGAUGACCAGGUCGGGGAGACGGUGGGCAAAACGGACUACAUUCCCCUACUGGAUGACGAUGGCACCAAGACAGACUCAGGCGCUGCCUUGGAGAACGGAGAGCAGGAAGUUCAGGGGGCACAAACGCCUGGGUCUAAGCUGACAGCAGGGGGACAGACUGCGUUUUUGCGCCCAGAACCGCAAGGAGAGGUACGGCCACUCACAGUCGACCAGCAGGCCUUGGCAACAGAUUUCCUUUCAGCCUCAAUGGCGAGUUAUUCUGAUCGGUUGGACUCCCAGACCGGCCCUGCCCCAGCGAUGGACUCUGGUCUUAUGGGGGCCUUUUCAGGUUUCUCCCAGCCUGCUGUGGAAGGUAUGGGAAUCAACAUGGAAAUAGGCGUUGCACCCCUCUCUGCAGAGAGGACAAGUAUAGCAGAGCCCCAGCAGCCUGCAGCCCUGCUGGGCUCCGACGCUCCCAAACAGCACAGCCCCAUGCUGCCUGAACCUCAGACCCCCCGCAGCCCUCUGGACCUGUCUGCAGGUGCCAUGGGUGAUUGCUGGGUAGAUGAAACCUGCUGCCUACCGACCGACCUGCCUUUCACCCCCAGCGUCUCCACGGUGAUCAGUCGCCAUGCCGGCCACUUGGCAACCAGCCCAGAUGACCCCCCCGACACGUGGCCCACCCGAGAAAGCUCAGCCUAUGCUGGGGGUGAUGAGAAGGAGGGAGAGGGCUCGGACCGUAAACAGAGGAAGAAAAAGAAAAGGAGACCAAAAGAUGAGGGCACUUUUGACCAACUGGAGAGUAGAGGCCACCCCGAGGCUCAGGUCCAAGGAGAGAACAAGCCCCCCUCAGAGGGGUACCACCAGAGGGUUGGCCCACACCAUGACAGAGGAGGAGAGGGGGGCUGGGAGGAACAGCUGGGGCGGAGCGGAGGUCGAGGGAAGAAGGGGAAGAGCAGAAAGAAGCUUCCGGAAGAGUGGGGGGUGGUGGCAGAGCCGUUUGUCCCCUCUGCGGUGACAGCCUCUCAAAUUUCAGAGGAGAUGACGGUGGACCUGGGAGCUUCAUCACAGACACCCCUGGAGGUCCCAGGCCCUGAUGUGGACCACAGCUUGAGCCCCAGAAGCAAAGAGCUGUGUCCAGACAAGGGCCUAAUCCCUGCCCCCCUCAGCGAGGACUUGCUCUCCCUCAACACCGCCUCUGUCAGCCCGUUGGUCCUGAACAGUGAGCUUAAGGCAACUGCACCUCCAUUCACUAUGCCUGCCGCCAACAUCAACCCCACCUUGGCUUCGUUCCCUAUGGCCCCUCGUCCUAGUGAUCCAUUUGCUGCAAGCUACCAUGACCUGCUGAUGGAGAGUGAAAAUGCCAGCCUGGGCAAUACUGUGGAGGCCUUUUCCCCAUCGAUCUCUCCGGAGAAUGAAGCGAUGGAUAGUGAGAUGGGUGACAGUGGGAUGUUUGACCAAACAGGUCCCCUCACAGAGUCUUACGUGCAGGAUGCUCCUGGAGUAGACACCCUGGCUUUCAGCCCUUCCUCCUGGACCGACCAGCCAAGUCCUGGCCAGUCCCCGAAGGAGAAACUCGGUGAGGUUGUCGCUUCGGCACCACCUCUCUCACCCUCAGAGGAUUCCUGGUUUCUGAAUGACUCCCACCUGAGCAGCAACAGCGAGCCAUUUGACCUCAGUGACAUCGCCCCUCCAGGACACCCACUGCCUGCUGGCUUGGCCUUCGACACCCCGAGCCCACCGCCUCUUCGUUCCCCGAAAACCACCGCACAGGAGUCUCACACCCAAUCAAAAGAGCAUAAAGAUGCCAAAUCAGCUCAAAAACAACCCAAGAAGUCUCGCUCCUCCUCCUCUUCCUCCUCUGUCAAGAGCCCCACUUCCCCAGGAGCCAAGAAGUUUCCUCCGCAGGCUUCCCCAGUCCUCAGUCCCUCUUCUCCUCCAUCGCUGAGCCCACUGGGAACACCAGGUUCUGGCCUGAACCCAGCAGCCAAGCCUUUCUUCCCAAGCUUUGCUGACCCCGUGGAUGACGUGGGUGUCUUCCCCACUGUGACCCCAGUAAUUGAAGUAAAAUCGGACAAGACGGACAAGGCCGAGAAGAAGGACGACAAGAUCGAGGAAAGUGUAAAGUUAGUCGACCAGUUUGACCCUCUGGACAAAGCUGAGAAGAACAAUGAUAAGGUCGAAAAGGCAAGCGAUAAGACACCAGCCAAAGUGGAGGCCGAGACAGAGAACCAUAAAGACAAACAGAAAGAGACAGAAAAAGCGAGUGACAAAGAGGCAGAGAAAUUGAAAGAAAAAGAGAAGGAAAAGGAGAAGGAGACAGAGAAAGUAGAGUCAAUACACCAGGAAGAGAAAACGGUUAAAAUGGAAACGGUAGAUACCCCAGCCAAGCUUGAGCAGACAGAUAAAGCAGACAAGACUGACAAAGAUGAAAAAGUGGACAAGACAGAGAUGGUCAAGAAAGCAGAAGACAAAGUUGAAAAAGCAGAGCAGGUAGAUAAGGUAAGCAAAGAUGAGAAGGAUGAAAAUGUUGAAGAAGAGCAGAAGACUGAAAUGGUGGAAAAGACUGAAUUGGUGGAGAAGACAGAAAUGAGAGAUACCAAAGAGCAGGACAUUGAAAAAGUGGAGAAAAUCCCAGAGAUGCAGCUGAAGCCUGUCAAGUUAGAUGCUAGUUUUGACCAACCGGAGAAACAGCCAGAGAAGGAAACAAAGAGCGCGGUGGAGGAGACCAGGGCAGAAAUGACAAGCGCAGACAAGGAGGGGAAGGACAAGCCAACAGAAAAGAGUGAACUGAAAAUAGAAAAGGAAGAGAAGCUGGGCAAACUGGAGGGAAAGGAGGAUGUAAAAAAGCCUGCAGAGAUAAAAGAUGAGAAGAAGGACAAAGCUGCCAAAGCAGAUGCAGCAGAGAAGGCCAAAAAGCCUGCCAGCAAGCCAACAACUAACGGGAGCAGUGCAGUACCCAGUAAAGACCUGCCAAGUCCAGACAAGAAAACCAAGCCUGCUGCUGGGGCAACCAAGCCAAGCACUGCCGCCAAAACGCGGCCGGGGUCUGCCUCCACCGCUGGUGGUGGGGCGGCCGCUGCCAUUACCAAACGCCCUACCCCAUCCACCACCACCUCCACCUCAGUCGCCAUCAGCAAAAAAACACCCACAGCCAAGGUGGCAUCCACACCGGCCACUGGCCCAAAGCGGCCCACCACCACUACCAGCCGCCCCAGUUCCUCUACCACCAGCACUAUCUCCGCCGCUACACGAGAUGUCAAGCCCAAGACGACCACGGAGAAGCGUCCUACUGUGCCAAAGGCCAACACUACUGCCCCAGCCAGGACCGCUGCCACCGCCAAAAAUGGCACAGCUGUUACAGCAACUAGUAAAACCACCGCAUCAACGCGCACUACAGCAUCCACCCGCACUGCCAUCACCACUACAGCAAAAAAGCCCCUGGCCUCUAAGACUGACAGCAAGCCAGGAGAGGAGAAGAAGCCCAGCGCUUUGAAGACGACUCCAGCUGAUGCCACCAAGCCCAAGACCAGCACUACCCGCAGCUCGACUGCCAGCGCUGGCACCACCAGUGCCACCCGCACGCGUACUGUGGCCUCCAAACCUGCCACCCCAGCCUCCAGCUCUGCCACAGCACCAGAAAAGAAGCCCCCAGUGCCCCGUGUCCCCCGUGGAAACUCCGCAACCACAACUACCACCGGCACCAGGACCACCACUCGCCCUGGCACAGCAUCAGCCCCCGACAUGCGUAAUGUCCGUUCCAAGAUUGGCUCCACAGAUAAUAUGAAGCACCAGCCUGGCGGAGGGAAGGUGUCAACAGCCUCUCAGAACAGGGGCGACGCCUCCAAAGAAACCAGCCAGGGCAAAGUGCAGAUAGUCACCAAGAAGGUGGACCUGAGCAAAGUAACAUCAAAGUGCGGCUCUAAGGACAACAUCAAACACAAACCUGGCGGUGGUGACGUGAAGAUCGAGUCUCACAAAAUAAACUUCAAGGACAAGGCUCAGUCCAAAGUGGGCUCCAUGGACAACCUAAGCCAUUCGCCUGGCGGUGGCAACAUCAAGGCUGAGGGGGCCCAGGAGACAGCAGAGGGGAAUGGGGCGCCUCUGAGUGGCACCCCGGCCCUGGCCCCAGGCUCCGAGCCAGGGCAGACAGGGAGCCCUGCUGCCCAGGAGAAUGGGCUGAAGGAGGGAGCGCCCUGUGAUAGCGAGGGCCUCAGGGACCCCCAGGGUCUGGACUCACGCAUCCCAGAGACAAAUUGAGUCUUUCAAGCUCAACUUUCGCGAGAAUGCUCGCUCUCGCACGGACCACGGCGCCGACAUCAUCACCUGGUUGGCCCCCCAGAGCGACAGCCCCCAUCAGCAUCCUCCGCCAUCGCUCCCUCUACACCAGCACC